GUGUGUUCACGGCUCAAAUCAUGUUCUGCCUCACAUUCCUCAUUGUCUCCUUGUUCCAUGCGCGACAAGUCAUAGCACUUUGUUUGGCCAAUGGAACUCCCGAGCACGCACGACAAUAUCUUCAAACCGAUGCUUUGGAGAAUAUGUCAGUUGGCCUACUCCUGGGCCCUUGGCAGAGUAACUUCGCCGUGACCAAGAUUGCUGAGAUUCUCGUGACUGAGGUCCUAGGUCUACAUGCCAAGUUGCACUCGGAGAUGAUGGCGAAUUCAGCAGGAGCGAUUUUUGCCGUUGGUGGAUGCGUGGACUUCAACCAUGCAGACUUGGGACAAAAGAAAUGUGGCCUGCAGGAGACGCAGAUACAUGUAGCUCUCGAUGCUUGGGUUGGAGUUGCUGUGUCAGAACAAACAGCUUUCCAAAAGAUGUACCCAUCUCUAGCUCCGGAAGAUAUGGGUGGAAUGGGCUAUCGUGGAUUCGAAACCAUGUAUGUGACCCAAUCUGCAUUUCAAGAGGCCUACGAUUCAGAGGGGUUGGCUUUGAACUUCUACCUCAGCUACAAUACCACUCAUCAUGACACAAAGAGAUACUUCACAUCCAUCUCCGAUCUCAAUGUCUCGGAUAUGAUCUCCUGCGCUGAUGGCACUUCAUUCAUGAACACAGAGCACAUGGGCAACUACUACCGUUGGACAGGUGAUAUUGAUGGAGUAACACUGCAGCUUGAUGGGACUUACAUUGGCAAAUGCUCCGGCCCGGGGGUUACUGGUGGCUGGCGCCUUCAUGUCGACAUGAUGUGAUGGCCUGCAUCCCUUUGGUCACAGCUUCCAAUGGAUGGUUUCUUCAACCGUUGCUGCAGUGGUCAACAGCCUAUGGAAUCCCUGCCGCGGUCGGGAUCAUUCCAAGCUUUGCUGAUUGGUCCAGAACUGUGAAAACGACUCGAUCCCUCUUCUAUUGGUGGGUUCCUGACACGACAUUUCUUGAACUCCAACCAGAAUCCAUUGUAUUCCCACCUUUCCGUGCCUCAGAGUGGGUUUUGGGAAACAAAAGGACCUCUGGAUCUGGAACCUACAUUGCAAAGCUGACCAGCCCAAAUUUGCGCCAGAAAUCUCCCCGCUUGCGAAGCUUCAUUUCCAAAUUGUCGAUGGACUUGAACACUGUGAUGGACAUUCUCCAGGACGUUCGCACUUUGCCACUUUCUUCUUUGGAUGCUUGGCAGGAUCCUGCAUGCAGCUGGAUCACAAGACACGAGCACAUUUGGUCCAAGUGGAUUCCUGUUGAUACCAACUGCUUCUUGGGCUUUGGAGUGGUCGAUGAGCACGGUACUUUCUUGCCAUCCAAGACAGGUGCCGUAAGCUGUGAUGUGUGCCCACCAGGUACCUUCUCAGAGGAGCUUUCUGACGGCCAAAGCCGUCGUUGUACUCCAUGUCCACCUGGCAGCAGCCAGAGUAAAGCAUCUGCUUCCCACUGUGAUGAAUGCAAGCCAGGUAGCGUGGCUGCCACGGAAGGCAGUGUUGCAUGCACGCCCUGUGGAGUGGGACUGUAUCAAGAUGCUUUUGGCAAAGCAGCUUGCGUGACAUGCGCGGACGACACCACCACAUUGCUCAAAGGAGCCAGCGACAAGGAAGAAUGUGUUUGCAAAAGCGGUUUCAUUGAAUCCAAUCGCCAAUGUGUACCCUGUGGAGAAGGAUUGACGUGCCCCAGUGGAAGCACCGUGAAGUUGCUUUUGGAUGGGGAGAGCAGUGGAGGCAGUGGAGAGGACAGGCCACAGAUUUCGCAAUCGUACUUCAGUUGGCCAGAGGAACCGCUAGAAAUAUACAAGUGCCCUGGACCCCAUUGCGCAGGCGGCACGCCAGGCACUUGCGUUGGAGGGCGGCUAGGCCCUACGUGUGACGAGUGUCCUUCCGGCAUGUACGGCACAAGCGAUGGUUGCCAAAGCUGUGGGAUCCCGAUGAUGGCGGUUUGGACUGGUGGGAUAUGUGGAGUUCUUGUUCUGGUCUUCGGAACAUACUAUUUCGCCAACCCUCGCUACAUGUUGAAGGUCUCUCUGGCAGAAUGCGCCAAGAUAGGAUUUGACAUGACCCUUGCUUUCAUGCAGAACUUGGGGGUGUUGAAUGCCGUGUCUGUCCCGUGGCCUGAAGGGCUUCGAAGCUUAUUCCAGUUCUCGGCGUUGUUCAUCCUGAACCUGCGCUCGUUGGGCUUCAACUGCGCAGCUGGUGGUGACGUGCAGCAGUACACCGCCACUGUUCUCUUGUUUUUGGGUAUUGCUUUGAGCUGGCCAUGCUUGGGAUCUCUAUCACAACUGCCCUGCAUCAAAAGGAGAGGUAUGGCAUGGGAUUUUCACAAAACUCUUGGUGUGACAGGGAGUUUUCUCCAGGUGGUGUUCACGACCUUGUGCAAUGUUGGACUAGUUCCAUUCAUGUGCUUUAGCCAUCCCAAUGGCCGCAGCAGCAUUGCAAAGUAUCCGAACAUAUUUUGUGGUGGUCCUGACCAUUUGACGAUGCAAAUACUGGCCGCACUCAUUCUCAGCAUGGGCCUCACACACUUUGCUGCUUGUUCCUGGGCCAUCAAGAAGGCACCUGCAUGGUCGACCACAUCGCGACAUCGCCUCACCAGUGUUCACUUCUUGAUUGCCAACUUCAAGCCAGGCGCAUGGUGGUUUGGCUUGAUUAUAUUGCUUCGUGGUCCCCUUAUCUCCCUACCCACAGUGGUGGCAACGGAUCUACCUGGCGUCAACCUCGCCUUAAUGAUUUGUGUGUGGCUGUCAUACUUGUCGAUCCAGCUCCUUUACCUGCCUUGGAAGGCCCCUCUCCUCAACUUGGUCGACGGUAUUUCAACAAUGCUAUUUCUGGUGCUGCUAGCAGUGUCCCUUCAUUUGGAGCCUGUGCUGCCGGAGUCGAUCUUGAUUUUGGAGAUCAUUGGCCUUGGUGUGUAUUAUUUGAGCAUUGGGGUGAUUCUGUGCGUUUGCGUCCUCUCCAUCUUCUUAAUGGUAUUAAAGCGAUGCUCGCGUUCGGGUGCUCGCACUGGACCUCGCAUCGUCAAUCUGGGUCAGUUGCCAGACCCAGAAGAAAUCCUUGAGACCAUUGAGCAGAUAUACUUCAAUUUGAAAGCAAAAAAAAACGUCACUGAACUUGUCAACAAAAUGUCAACUUCAUUGUCUGUGGAUGAUCUUCAUAUCGUACAAAAGGCAUUGAACAUCCUGCCUACUGAUUCUUGGUGUGCGAAGUAAAACCUUUUUGAUCCCUUUCGCAUUUUUGCGCCAGUGCACUUGGUCUUGACAAGUGGUUUGUACAUCCACAUCAUUGACUUGCAGUGUGAAGCUUCAAACAGAACAGGACUGCGAGUUGGGAGGUGGCGGGAGUUCUCGCGGCCGAAUUGCAGCCACUCGAAUUAGCCAGAUGUCGAGGAAGAGCUUUGCUUCUCUGCGUGAAGAGCAGCGCCAGAAGUCUUCAGAUGAGGCAUGCGAGAUCCAACAGGAAAGCAUCGCCAGUGGAAGCAGCGAUGAAGUCAAACAAGAGCGAGAUGAACUGAAAGAUCCACCAUCAGAUGAUAUUUCAAUUUAGGGCCACGGCUAAUUUCUUUGCCAGCAGGAAGAUUCUCUUGUUUCAUGGCAUCCCUCAUAGUGGACUAAUGACCAGUCGCACUCUGAGCAACUUCAAACACUUCACUCUAUUGUAUAACUGUAUGACAUGCCCAAAAGGUUAAGCCAACACAACGCUUGCGAACGACCGGGCGAUUUCACUGUAGGAGUUACAACAGGAAAGGCAGUGAUUUGAGCUGCUCAAGUUCGACAUUUUGUGUCCGCCAGUCUUCCAGCUUUGCAGCAGGAACAGUUGCUGCGUUACGGCCCGCUCAAGGUGGGCCACAAAAGCUCUUGUGUUUUGUGGUCUCGCUCAAAGUGAAACCAUUUAUGUAAAUGAAUGCGCUGGACACCUCAAAGGACGGUCUGAGGGCUUGGCAACACAUGUGGCUCAAAAUGAGUAGGUU